GGGUGAGGUGGGUUGGGGUUAAUUAGAAAAGCAAAAAAAGAAUUGACCCGGCCCGAGACUGGCCUGGAUCGGCCCGGACCCGGUAGACUCCCGGGCCGGUUUUGAGCCUUAACCCACAAGAGAAAGCCCGGUUUGGACCGGUCCGGAGCCUGGUACCGAUCCAUGCCUACCUUUAGGUGCACAUUGGGCAUAAAGAACAUGUUUCUAAACUCAUCUUGCGGAUCCAUUUUUAAUGGGCUCUAAAAACUGAAUUAACUAUAUUAAUUAGAAAUAAUUUCUAAUAUAUGAUUAAAAUAGGCAUAGUGGACAAAAGUAGAGUAGUAUUUUCAGUGAUUUUGAUGAUGUACAAUUUGAAUGUUGUAUUGACCAUAAAAUUAUAUUUAUACUAACUUUAGUCAUAUUUUUGUCUACAAGAUAAAGUACAUGUCCUUAUGAACUCAACCAUAUUACUCCAACUUAUGUACUAAAUACAUAUAUGGCACAGGAAAAUUUGGUGAACAUGGUUUGGGUGUACAUGAAUUGGAGUAAUAUGAUUGAUUUCUUAUUUCUUUUGGAAGGAACUAAAUUAUAUCAUAUGAGUGAUUAUUGGUAUCUCAUUAUAAUUAUUUUAGGUGGAAUUACCAUAUAUAAUAUUAUUGAUCAUUAAUGUAUUUUUUAUCUGUCAUAGAUUGCAAUUGCAUAACUAUGCGGGAUUAUACUGGAAUAUCAAAGUUACAAACCUUGUUAUCUUAUGUUAUUUUUUGUAAUAGAUGAAAUCGUGGAUCAUUAAUAUAUCAUUAAUCUGGCUUAGAUUGCAUUUAUUAUGUGGGAUUAUGCGGAGAUAUCAAGCUUAGAUUGCAUUUAUUGGGAUCCUUGAUGGUUCCAUUGUUGCCCCUGUAUCCUCCAGUCUUGAUUAUAGUUCAUGGCUAAAAAUUGAUCAGACAGUUCGAUCAUGGUUGUUUGCAACCCUCUCCCGUAAUAUUUUAAUUGAAAGUUCACACUGUCCGUUUUUCUGCCUUAAUAUGGGAACGGUUGGAAACACGCUUUAUGGCCGCAUGUGUAGCUAGAAGCAUAGAGCUUAGGAGGCUUUUAUCUGCUCUUAAGAAGAAAGAUGAUCAGUCCAUGGAUGAUUACUUACGUGAAGUAAUAGUUCUAAUCGAUUCACUUAAUACUAUUAACUCACCUGUAAGUAAUCGGGAGCUCAUUCAGUCCAUGAUUCAAGGCCUUGGCCCUGAGUAUGAAUCCGUCAUUACCUCCGUUACUCUUUUCCCGGAUAGCUUCACCUUUGAUUCUCUUCGUCCGCAACUGAUGGCGCUAGAACAACGCGCAUUAUAUCUCUGUUCUCAGGAUGCUGCUCCGGGACAUCAGGCUUUCGCAGCCUAUGAUCAGGCUGCCGUUCGACCCCAGGGCCGAGGGGGUGGUCAAGCACGCGGCAAUGGAGGUCGGGGCUAUCGGGGUGGUGGCCGAGGACGUGGACACCGGGGACGUGGCCGCGGAUACGGUGGUCAGCAGCAGGGAGGUGCUCCAGUUUAUGCUCCGCCGGCUGGACAGUUUUUGCAGGGCAGCAAGGUGGACCAGUGACUGCUCCCUACCAGGUUCGUGGGCAUGUUCCGGCUGGAUUCCCAGGUACGGCAUAUGGUAAUAUUAGUGAUGUUUAUUCUAGUAUUAAGGCUUUAUCAUCUUGUGGUACUCACCCAUUUUUACAGGAUUUCCAUCUAAUGAGAACCAUUAUCAGUCUCCUCCUCCACCAGUUGUAUGUCAGAUUUGCUUUUCCCCAGGUCACUCUGCUCUUGCUUGUUCUUGGAUUGCUCAUACUACUCCAGCUUUAGCGGCUAUCCCUACAGGUGAAAACAAUGCUUCUGUAUGGUAUCCAGAUUCUGGAGCCUCGGCUCAUAUGACCUCGAAUGAAGGACCAUCGAACGGGAGCCACACUCCUCCAAGCUUCCAAUAAAGAAUCUGUCUAUCCCUUUAGAGCAGCUUAUGAAACUACCCCAUCUCUCGCUUUAAAAGCUGCACUUGUUCCUGGCCCGGUCUAAAGGGAUAGAAGAGUAAAUUCAAAUGCAAUCCAGAAGAUUAGGCCCCGAAGGCCAAUGACUGUACUCUUUUCCUUUACUAAGUUUUUCCGGCAUGGUUUUGUUAGUUAAAGGUUUUUAACGAGGCAGUCAAUACAACACAUCAUUUUACAUAUAUUAUGUACUCUUUUCCUUGAUUGGUUUUUUCCCAAAGGGUUUUUCCAACAAGGUUUUUAACGAGGCAUACACAUAGUCGAUAAUUCAUUCGAGAAAUUAGCAACAGGAUUGGAUUGAAUUGGAUUCAACAAGAAGACCUGAAGUGGUGCAGUCAACAGGGGGAGUAUACACGUUGCACUCUUUUCCCUUGACCAAGGUUUUUCCCACUGGGUUUUCCUCGGCAAGGUUUUUAACGAGGCAACAUCAUCAAUGCGUGUAAAGAGAAUAAUGUAUAUUUUUCUUGUAAUGUUUUUAUUUAGCAAUGUACAUCCAAGGGGAAGUGUUAUGUAAUUAUGGAUGUCCAUUAGUUCCUAGCAUAGGCCCAUAUGUCUUGGCCCAUAUCAUGUUGUACCCUAGCUCCCCUCCCCUUAUAUAUACACAUAAUGUGAAUGAAUAAAGUACUUCCAUUUGGAC